UUUGACGCCUUCGAUUUUAAUAUCUUUCUCUAUACAAUUUCACACAAUUUCAAAUCCCAAAUGCUACGAUUUAGCAUAGAGAAAUUUAGUACUCUUAAAUCGUUUGCCGUUAAUUAGGGUUGUAACUCAAUUCAGUUUCAGUUCAGAGAAAACGAAAAUGGCGAAGGCGCGGGGAAAUCGGCACCAAGGCAAGAGAUCGUCUACGGUAGUUUUGGUGCUCUCGAUGCUAUUAAUGCUCUCAGUCGUUCUAUUGAUGCUUCUCGGUCUAGGAAUUCUCUCUCUCCCCAUUCGCUCCGAUGAAGGAUUGUCAGCGAUCGGAGAUCAUAUCAAAUUGAAACGCUUAAAAAUAGACGUAAAAAAAGAAGGGAAUGGAUUGGGGGAAAGAACGGAACAGUGGACUGAGAUCCUUUCGUGGGAACCUAGGGCUUUCUUGUAUCAUAACUUUUUGUCCGAGGAAGAAUGCGAGUAUCUGAUAAAUCUUGCUCGGCCGCACAUGGUAAAAUCAACAGUUGUUGAUAGCAAAACUGGCAAGAGUAAAGAUAGCAGGGUUCGAACAAGUUCUGGAACGUUCUUGAGGAGAGGUCGGGAUAAAGUUAUCAGAAAUAUUGAAAAAAGAAUAGCAGACUACACUUUUAUUCCCGCAGAGCAUGGAGAAGGACUACAAAUUUUGCGCUAUGAAGUGGGGCAAAAGUACGAGCCUCACUACGACUACUUUCUUGAUGAAUUUAACACAAAAAAUGGAGGUCAACGCAUAGCUACAGUUCUUAUGUAUUUGUCAGAUGUUGAAGAAGGCGGUGAGACAAUUUUCCCUGCCGCCAAGGGAAACUUUAGCUCUUCUUUAGGUCUGUCAGAGUGUGGCAAGAAAGGCCUGGCUGUGAAACCGAAGAUGGGCGACGCACUACUUUUCUGGAGUAUGCGCCCUGAUGCUUCUUUAGAUCCAUCAAGCUUACAUGGAGGCUGUCCUGUUAUCAAAGGGAAUAAGUGGUCAUCUACAAAGUGGAUGCAUGUUGGUGAAUACAGAGUGUAGUGAAUCUCUGAGGAGACGAGAUUUGGAGAAUUCUUCUCUGACGAAAAUGGCCUGACUGCUGCUGUGCUUACUGAAGAUUAGCGUUAUUAGCUAUCCUUCAUACGAGAAAUUUGUGAGGUUGAGUGUGUGUUAGAUGCGCGGCACCGUACAGCAUGCUUGAUUAAAAUGAUAACUGGCUAUAUUAUAAUAGAGUGUGUAAAACAUCAUAUUCUAUGCCGUACCAGCUUUUCCUUGGGCUGGAAACUUCUUUGAUUCAUGUUACUAUGUUUUUCACAUGAUAACGACAUAGUAGUAAAGAAGUAGAGAUUUAUUUGUAAA